UGCCACUGGAAUGUCUGUGCGUGUGUUUGUGGUAAGAGAUAGCCCUUCAGCGUGGGGAGGAGAUAAAGAGAUAACAUAACUAAACGUUUGAGAGGCAAGUGCAGCAGUUAGAACAAUCAGUAGAGAAAUGGCCUCAGCAUCGUUGCUCAACUCCUCCCCAGUCCUCGAGAAGUCCGAGUGGGUGAAGGGUGGACAAUCCAUCCGCCUCCCCUCGACUGCUGCUGUCCGCUGCCAGCCCGCCACCGCUUCAUCAGGCCUCACCAUCCGCGCAAGCUAUGCCGAUGAGCUUGUUAAGACUGCGAAAACAGUUGCCUCUCCUGGGCGUGGGAUCUUGGCCAUGGACGAGUCGAAUGCCACCUGCGGGAAGCGGUUGGCCUCAAUUGGCCUUGAGAACACCGAGGCUAACCGCCAGGCCUACAGGACAUUGCUGGUCUCUGCCCCGGGGCUUGGCCAGUACAUCUCUGGGGCCAUCCUCUUUGAGGAGACUCUCUACCAAUCCACCGUUGAUGGCAAGAAGAUGGUUGAUGUCCUUGUUGAGCAGAAGAUCGUCCCCGGUAUCAAGGUCGACAAGGGUUUGGUGCCGCUUGCUGGAUCGAACAAUGAGUCAUGGUGCCAGGGUCUCGACGGUCUUGCUUCCCGCUCGGCUGCCUACUACCAGCAGGGAGCUCGUUUUGCUAAAUGGCGUACCGUCGUGAGCAUCCCCAAUGGCCCAUCUGCCUUGGCUGUCAAGGAAGCUGCCUGGGGUCUCGCCCGCUAUGCUGCUAUCUCUCAGGACAACGGGUUGGUCCCGAUUGUUGAGCCAGAGAUCCUGCUUGAUGGAGACCACGGCAUCGACAGAACAUUCGAGGUGGCCCGGAAGGUGUGGGCUGAGGUGUUCUUCUACCUUGCUGAGAACAAUGUGAUGUUCGAGGGUAUCCUCCUCAAGCCCAGCAUGGUCACCCCAGGAGCCGAGUGCAAAGAAAAGGCCACCCCUGAGCAAGUCGCUGCUUACACCCUCAAGCUCCUAAGGACUAGAAUCCCUCCCUCCGUUCCCGGCAUCAUGUUCUUGUCUGGAGGGCAAUCCGAAGUCGAGGCAACCCUGAACUUGAACGCAAUGAACCAGCAGCCCAACCCGUGGCAUGUAUCCUUCUCAUAUGCCAGGGCCCUCCAGAACACAUGCCUGAAGACAUGGGGAGGCAGGCCCCAGAACGUGAAGGCUGCCCAGGACACUCUCCUUGUCCGGGCCAAGGCCAACUCCCUAGCCCAGCUCGGCAAGUACACCGGCGAGGGCGAGUCCGAGGAGGCCAAGAAGGGAAUGUUCGUCAAGGGAUACGUGUAUUAAGCAGUCCCUCUUUGAAGAUAGACUAUAAGGAAGCGAAUCGGCAAUAGCUCGGGUAUCGAAGGAAAAUAUUGAUGGUGGUGGAGCUCGAAGGGUUAAGGAAGUUAAUUUCUCUCAGUGUGUUGAUGGUUAAUAGCCACAGAGACUUAUUUUUGUUCACUAAAGUUUUUCUUCUCCACUAGCUGAUGAGGUCGUGUGUACUUUGUGCAUGUUCAUCCUUUAUACUAAUUUGCACGAAUUGGAUGUCAAGCUCCUAAAAUAGUUUAUAUUUUCCGACA